CUGCGGCGCUAGUGUGGUGUCGCUUUCGCCGGCUGUCGCUGCGAGUGGAGGUCCGCCAGUCCGCCACGCCACGCAGCCGCCCGAACGCGUCCGUCCGUCCGCCAGUCGAGUCCGGGUCUUCUACUGCCGGCCGCCCCGCCGCCAGAGCACCAUCACGUCGACACCGCCCGCCGCCUGCCGUCCACGCCGUACUCGUUGUCGCCGAGAGUCUGGAGCGGACCCCGCUGGACUAGUUGGACUUGUUGCGCGAGCUCGAACCGGGACGCAUGUGGCGCGCAGCGUGGACUGAGACACCACCAGCUCGACGUCCUCGAGGAGCGACCCGAACGAUCCGCACGCCAUGCCUCUGUGUUGUGUUGACAUCGCGGUGGGCGCCCGCAUGGUCGCCGUGCUCGGCGUGGUGACGUCCACCGUGGUGGUGGCGCAGUUGGCCUCGGAGCUGGCGCGCGGCACGGGCGACGGCGGCGUGGCCGUGCUGCUGGGGCUGAGCCUGGACGAGCUGGACUCGAAGCAGCGCCACUCCCUGCACCGCGACCACCACGACCACCACGGUCCCUUCAAGGACGGCGUCGACGCCGAGCCGCAGCCCUUCGACCCCUUCGUGCGCGACGUUCUGGCGGGCUUCUUGGCGUUCGCCGCGCUCUACUGGACGGCCAGCGUCCUGCUCGCUCGCACCACCAUCAAGACGCUGCGGUGGGGCGCGCUGCCCUGGCUGCUGCUGCAGGCGCUGUCCGUCGCCUCGCAGAUCGCCCGCGUCGUCGUGCAGGUGGCGCAGUACGGGCAGUUCGUGUCGGACGCCAAGCACCCCCUGCGCUACGUGCACCCCAUGGCGCCGCACCCCUACCACAAGGCCGAGGACCUGCACGCCUGGGAGGAGCACGCCCGGCAGCACGAGCAGCAGCGCGACGAGGACGCGGAGCGCGCCGCCCUGGUGCACAUCGCCGUCACGGCCAUCUACCUGCUGGUGAACGCGUACACGUGGCUGGUGGUCUUGGUGGCGCACAGGAGGUGGUCGUCGUCGGAGAAGCCCCAGCACCGCCACGCCGGCCCCGGCGACGAGGGCUACUGCCUGUCGACGCUGGCGUCCAAGGAGCCCCUCCGGUCCGACGAGGUGUGAACCGCUUGUGUGUUUGUGCCCGGCUUGUUUUCCUAGGAGGAAAGAUUUUCUGUGAUCGUUAGGUUUAACCGUUUUUUUCCGCGCGAUAGAUGCGCUUUUUAAAGUUUGAGUAAGAUUACAUAAGGGAUAAGACUGUUAAUUGUAUGAAUUUUUAAUACGAAUGAAAUAUAGACCACAUUGUAAAUACGGA